AUGGAGGGCACGAAGGCAGCAAGCUGGACAGUUGUUUACGGUGGUGGGGGUGGCGACAGAACACUGGUUAGAGAGAGAGACCAACUAAUAAGCGAGAGAGAAACCUCAUGUAGAAAAAGAGAGAGAGACGGAAAGAGACUGAGAGGAGAGUGGGAGUGUUCGGCGGAAGCCUACCAAGAGGAGAGCGAUAAACCUGGAUGGAGUGCAGCGCCCGGCAAAGCUCCCUGUGCGGCAGCGAUGCCGAGGAGGAGGUUGGUGGCAUAUGGUGGGAGGUUGGUGGCAUAUGGUGGCAGUACCUAUGCCAUGGCCGGGAAUGAGACCGACCGACUUUCCUUGCUUGAAUUUAAGGCCAAAAUAAGCCAUGAUCCUUUCAUGGUUUUCAGCUCAUGGAAUGAAACCACCUACUUCUGCCUAUGGUAUGGUGUUACAUGCGGUCAUCAGCACCAGAGGGUCAUUGAGUUGCGCCUACCAUCUCUAAAGCUCGCGGGUUCUAUAUCUCCUUUCAUUGGAAAUUUGAGCUUUCUAAGGAUUCUACUUCUCCCAAACAAUAGCUUCGAUCAUGAAAUCCCUCCACAAAUAGGUCGUUUGCAUCGAUUGAAGAUAUUAUUUUUGCAGUACAAUUCGAUGAACCAAGUGUCGGGUAACAUUCCAGCUGCUAUCGGAAGGCUUCAUAGGUUAAAGAUAUUGAAUCUAUCGGGAAACAAUCUUUCAGGCAGCAUCCCACACUCUCUUGGAAAUCUAACUUUGUUACUUCAACUUUUUUUAUAUAGAAAUUACCUUGGCGGAAGCAUCCCAGCAAGUCUAGGCGAUUGCAAAUCUUUGAUCUUACUAAACCUUUUUGGUAACAAUCUCAAUGGUUCCAUACCCCAACAGAUCUUUGGUCUCACAUCUUUAUCAAUUCGCCUAACCUUGUCUCGAAAUUGUCUUACGGGUCCUCUUCCCAUGGAAGUUGGAAAUCUUAAGAAUCUAGGUGAAUUAUAUAUCUCAGAGAACAUGUUAUUUGGUGAAAUUCUGAGCAGUCUUGGCAGUUGCAUUAAACUUGAGACUCUAUACAUGGGAAGAAACUUCUUCCAAGGAACUAUUCUGCCAAGUUUUAGCUCUCUAAGAGGACUACAAGCAUUAGAUCUUUCUCAGAACAAUUUAUCAGGAAAAAUCCCUGACCUUCUUGCGAAUAUGAAGUCCUUGCAGAUUUUAGAUAUAUCAUACGACAAUUUUCAGGGGUCGGUGCCAACAAAUGGCGUUUUCAAGAAUUCAAGCUCAGCUUUAGUUGUAGGAAACAAUCAACUAUGUGGGGGAAUUCCUGAGAUGCACUUGCCUAAAUGCAACUUUAAAGAGCCUGAGAAUACAAAAUUGACCUUAACCUUGAAGUUAAUAAUAUGUAUAGUUUUGGGGUUACUAGGAGUAACUUCAGUGUUGUACUUUUUGUAUGUUUCUUGGUUGAGAAAGAAACGAAGAGUGUCAAUAUCAAGUUCUUCAGGAAAUUUGUUUUUGAAUAUAUCUUACCAAAGUCUCAUAAAAGCCACUGAUGGAUUAUCAUCAACAAAUUUGCUUGGUGUGGGUAGUUUUGGAUCAGUCUAUGAAGGAGUUCUUGAUGAGGGUGGGACUAUAAUUGCUGUCAAGGUCCUCAACCUUUUGUGCCAUAGAGCCUUUAGAAGCUUUCUUGUUGAGUGUGAAGCCUUGAGAAACAUCAGACACCGAAAUCUUGUAAAGGUUCUUACAGUUUGUUCAAGUGCUGAUUACCAUGGUAAUGAUUUCAAGGCUCUAGUUUAUGAGUUCAUGGUCAAUGGAAGCCUUGAAGAAUGGUUGCAUCCAACUGCUAUAGAAGAUGAAAGGCAUCAGGAUCAAAGAAAUCUAGAUCUUUUUCAGAGGUUGGAUAUCGCCAUUGAUGUUGCGAGUGCAUUGGAAUAUCUACAUUACCAUUGCAAAACACAAAUCAUUCAUUGUGACAUAAAGCCGAGCAAUAUUCUUCUUGACAAUGAAAUGAUUGGACAUGUGGGUGAUUUUGGUAUAGCAAGAUUCUCUCCUGGAAACAACCAUGAUGCUUCUACGGCUCACUCCAGCACCAUUGGAUUAAGGGGAACUUUUGGUUAUGCUGCUCCUGAGUAUGGUAUGGGAAAUGAGGUGUCAUCCAAUGGUGAUAUGUACAGUUAUGGGAUCAUUCUAUUAGAAAUGUUCAUUGGAAAGAGACCCACUGAUGACAUUUUUCAGGGCACUCUAAACCUAUAUUCCUUUGUCAAGACAGCUUUGCCUCAAGGAGUGGUAGAGAUUGCAGAUCCAACUCUUUUUCAAGAAAGAGAAGAAGAGACCACUAGAAACAAUGGCCACAAUAACAACAUUACAAGAAGAAACAAAAAUCAAGAGUGCUUGGUUUUGAUUUUUAGGAUUGGAGUUGCAUGUUCAUUCGAACAACCAGAAGAAUGA